AUGAUCGGUGACCCUGGAUACUCCGUGAAAGAGGCACUUGCAAUCCUUUCCCCUGUUGCGAAUAGUCAUUACAGAUCAGGAGCACCAUUGGCACUUCCCGACAAGGAGCAAAAUUUCUAUCCGUGGUUCCCAUCCAUGCCUCAGCAGUUUCCUCCUGCUCUGAAUGCGCCGCAAGUGCCUCAUUUCCAACAGCCUUACCACCACAGUUCCAACAAUCAUUUCUACCCAGGCGCUUUCGCUGCUCCUCAGCCCUUCUUCGAUUUUUCGAAACAGGCACCCGCUACCCAAAUUCCACAGCGGGAAGAGGAGCUGUGA